AUAAACCCUAGCUUCACGUAUUCUUGCAUGCAAAACAAGGCUGCUAAUAAGCUUGAAUAAUUGAGUAAAAGAAGAAGCCAAAACCAUGAACAACCCUCCCUCCAACCUCCAGCAUAAGCCUCUCCCGCCGGCCGCCGCCCACGCCCCGCCACAGCAGCAGCCACGCCGCAACCUACUUUACUUCAUCGCAUUGUCAUUCCUCGUCUUCAUCUUCGUCGGGGGCGUUAUCGUCCUCAUCGUCUGGCUCGUGGCCCGCCCGCACAAGCCGGUUUACUCCGUCGUGGGCGGAGCCGUCCACAACUACAACUUGACGGCGGACCGCGACGGCCGUCUCACCGCCGACUUCAACUUCACCGUCAAAGCCUUCAACCCCAGCAAAAGGGUGUCCACCCACUACGUGGCCCUCAACGCGCAGCUCUUUUUCGGGGACGAGCAGAUCGCGUCCUCACGCGCCGCCGCGUUCCGCCACCCCGGCCGGAGCGUGAGGUACAUACCCUUGUUUCUUCCUGCGAAGAACGUGACGCUGUACGGAAACACGGCGAAGAAGUUCAAGAGGGAGAGGUCGGCCGGGAAGGUUGAGUUGGUCGUCAAGUUGAAGGGCCGGGUUCGGUUUCAGACCGGCGCGUGGAAAUCGCACCAUCACCGGAUUAAGGUGACGUGCAAGCCGGCGGUGAUGUCGUACUCAUCGGACAGUUUUAACGAAGUCAAGUGCCAUGUGGACUUCUGACGGGGCUUUGAAGAUGUAUUGCCACGUGUGUCUUCUUGUGUGAACGAGUAUAAUAAAUGUUACUCUGUACAUUUUCAAUUCUUAUUGGUUUUUUUCCCCUGAGUUUGGUGUGGUAUUUGUGUAAAUUUUGUAUUGUAUCCUUCGUGGAAUUGUAAUAUUGAUAUAAUCAUUAAUAUAUAUUUAUCCUUGAA